AUGAUCAACAAAGAGAAAAACCCAUCGCUGGUGCUGAAAGCCGUGCAAGAGCUUGAGUUCGAGGAUCGCCCAGUACCAGACUUGUUGGAGCCCUACGAUGUUUCCGUGAGAAUUGAAUACACAGGGAUAUGCGGCAGUGAUGUCCACUACUGGCAGCGGGGCCGAAUUGGCCAAUUUGUCCUCGAAAAGCCGAUGGUGCUGGGCCAUGAGUCGGCUGGAGUAGUCGAGAAGGUUGGCUCCAAGGUGAAAACACUAGCAGUGGGCGAUCGUGUGGCCCUAGAACCAGGAGUGCCCUGCCGGCGAUGCACGUUCUGCAAAGCUGGGAAAUACAACCUGUGCAGCGAGAUGGCCUUUGCUGCUACUCCUCCCUUCGACGGCACCUUGGCCAGGUACUAUGUCUUACCAGAGGACUUUUGUUACCGGCUUCCUCCGAGUGUCAGUUUACAAGAGGGUGCCGUUGUGGAGCCCCUCAGUGUUGCGGUGCAUCUCGUUCGACAGGCCGCCCUGCAGCCGGGGCAGUCGGUGGUGGUAUUCGGCGCAGGGCCCGUUGGCCUCUUGUGCUGUGCGGUCGCACGAGCUUUCGGGGCCUCCAAGGUGAUUGUCGUUGAUGUACAGGCUAAGCGGUUGGAAUUCGCCCGUGCCUACGCGGCAACUGCUCAUUUCCUCCCAGGCAUGGAUUCCUCUCCGGCUGAAAACGCCGUUCGGCUUCGAGAAGAAAACGAACUCGGAGUAGGCGCAGAUGUUGUUAUUGAGGCCUCUGGUGCAGAGCCCUCAGUCUACACUGGUAUCCAUAUCUUGAGACCUGGUGGAACGUAUGUUCAAGGAGGGAUGGGCAAAGAGGAAGUUAAGUUUCCAAUCACGACGGCAUGCACAAGGGAGCUCGUUAUUCGGGGAAGCUUCCGAUACUCGAGUGGCGAUUACAAACUCGCGAUUGAGCUGAUUGCUGCCGGGAAAAUCAAUGUUAAGGCGCUGAUCACGCAAGUUUUCAAGUUUGAAGAUGCGCCACAGGCGUUUGAGGAGGUGAGAUCAGGGAAGGGGAUCAAGACACUCAUUGCGGGCCCAGGAGUAUGA